CCCUCAAAAAAAAAAAAAAAAUUUCUUCAACAAAUUCAAAGCAAUGCUUCGACCCACAAAAUUCACCAGACCUUCCCUAGCCCUCCUCCACUUCCACUUCCACUUCCAGUCCUUAACCACCGCCGCCGCCGCAGCAGCGCCGCCAACCCCGAUCGACGAAGCCCACCUCCUUCGGGUCUGCACAAUCCUCUACCAACAGCAAAAUUCCCCCGACGCAAAGCUGCACUCCAAUCUCACCAAAACCCAAUUCCACCUAACCCACGAAUUCUUUCUUCAAGUUUGCAACAAGUUCUCACAUUCAUGGCGGCCCGUCUACAAAUUCCACCAAUUCUCCACCUCCCACCCGCACUUCGCCCACACCGCCACCACCUUCAACAAGAUCCUCGACGUCGUCGGAAAAUCAAGAAACCUCGACCUCUUCUGGGCCCUCUGCCGGGAAGCCGGCGAGCGCCGCCUCGUCAACGUCAAGACCUACAUAAUCGCGCUGCGCACGCUAGCCGCCGCGAGGGAGUUGAAGAAAUGCGUGGAGUUUUUCCAUUUGAUGAAGGGUUUCGGGUACGAGUAUAAAGUCGAGACCUUUAACACUGUGAUAGAGGUCUUGUGUCGGAGCAAGCUCGCCGAGGAGGCGAGGCAUGUUGUGGUGAAGUUGAGGGAUUGGAUUAGGCCCGAUUCGGAUACCUAUAGGUGGUUGAUUCAUGGGUUCUGCGAUGUGGGGGAUUUGAUCGAGGCGUCGAAGCUGUGGAAUUUGAUGGUGGAGGAGGAGGGUUUGGAGCCUUGUGUUGAAGUGGUGGAGUUGAUGUUGGAGGGUUUGUUCAAGAAAAACAAGUUUGGUGAAGGGUUGAAGCUCUUUCAAUCGAUGAGGGCGAGGAGGGUGGAGUUGGGGUUGUCAACGUAUCGCCUUGUGAUGGAGUGGCUGUGUAAGAAGGGGAAAAUGGGGGAGAGUUAUGUGGUUUUUGAGGAGAUGAAGAUGAAGGGGAUUGAGCCGGACAAUGAGAUACUAGGGUGGAUAGUGUAUGGGCUUAUGAGUAGGGGGAGAGUGAGGGAGGCUUAUAGCAUGUAUCGAGGCGUGGAGAAUGUGCAGAAUGGCGAUGUGUGCGUGCACCAUGAGAUGAUCAAGGGGCUGUUGAAGUUGAAGAAGGCUGGGGAGGCGACAGAGGUGUUUAGGGAGAUGGUGAGGCGGGGUUGUGAGCCCACGAUGCACACGUACGUGAUGCUGCUGCAGGGGCAUCUGGGGAGGCGGGGGCGGAGAGGGGAGGAUCCGUUGGUGAACUUUGACACCAUCUUCGUGGGAGGGUUGAUCAAGGCGGGGAAGUCGUUGGAGGCGACUAAGUAUGUGGAGAGGGCGAUUAACAGAGGGGCUGAGGUGCCGAGGUUUGAUUACAACAAGUUCUUGCAUUACUUCUCCAACGAGGAAGGGGCCGCGAUGUUUGAGGCCGUGGCUGUGAAGCUGAGGGAAGUUGGGUUGUUUGAUUUGGGUGAUAUAUUUGGUAGGUAUGGGGAGAAGAUGGCCACGAGGGAUCGGAGGAGAAGCAGAGCAAAUCAAAGUGUUGAAUCAUCUUCUCCUCCUCAGUAAGAUGGCCACCAUUGAAAAAAGAUAUCCAUUCACUGCUCAUCUUCUAAAGCUGCAGUCUCCAAUGGUGGAUGAAAUGGUCAUUGCAGAACAGCUCAACAUUAGGAUGGGAAACGAAACGAGAUUCGCAGAAAUAUUCAAUGCAGAGAGAAUGCAUUUUACUUAGGUUUCUUGUGUAGCUGUAUUCUGGUUCUGGAGUGCUGAAUAAUAAAACAAGAUCAUAAUUUAUACCGUCUGAUUACCUGCACAAUUGAAUUCGCUGACGAUAGGAAAAUCACAAAAGAUGCCCAAAUGAGAAAUAUGUGUUGUACUCUAUUGAGCAGGUCGUUGCAGGGUGGGAGCCCUUGCAAAACAGCUCAACAUUAGGAUGGGAAACGAGAUUCACAGAAAUAUUCAAAACAGAGAGAAUGCAUAACUUAGGUUUCUUGUGCACCUGUAUUCUGGUUCUGGAGAUAUUAGAGAUGGUGAAUUACAGCCUCAGAAACCUGAGUUGUUUCAACUUAUGAUUUGGGAAAAAUGGUUGCAAAAUUUUUGGAAAAUUGUUGGUAUGAAGAGUGCUUCUGGAUUUUUCAAUGUCUCGACGCUGGAUGGUUGCAUCAACUAUAUUUUCUUGCAAAAGCAUGUUAGUAUAUUUGUUUAUGAAAAUAAAAAAUGUGAAAUAAAUUAUAUCCUUUUGUCAUGAAAAACGCAUUCCAUUAUUUUAUUGUUAAAAUAAAUUGAUUCAUGGCAUCGUAUUAA